GAGUUCCCUUCUUAUCCUUCUUCUUGGUCAGAAACAGACAUGUCUGCCAUGGUUUCAGCACUCUCUCAAGUCAUCGCUACUUCCACUGACGAUAAUCCCACUUCGGUGCAAUCAACUCAAGUUACUGCACAGCAAACGCUUGUCAAAGAGGAACUUGACCAGUCCCAACCUACUCUAGAUCAAGAAAAUACAAGAAGAAGACACUACAGAGGAGUGAGGCAAAGACCUUGGGGCAAAUGGGCCGCCGAAAUACGUGACCCUAAGAAGGCAGCGAGGGUCUGGCUGGGUACUUUUGACACAGCGGAGGACGCAGCUCUUGCCUAUGACAAAGCAGCUCUAAAGUUCAAAGGCACCAAGGCUAAGCUUAAUUUUCCUGAACGAGUUCAAGGGAAACCCGAGUUUAGCUAUUUCAUGACUAGUUCUGGUGAUUCAUCAAGCGCUUUGGCGCCGGAACAAAAUCCAAUGGCAGCAGCUGCUUCUGCCCCUUCUCGCCAUUAUCUUCCUCCACCACCUUCAUUUCCGCAAGAAGCAUACCCGGACUUGCUUCAAUAUGCUCAAAUUCUUUCCAGUAACGAUGCAAAUUUCCAGUAUUACACUUCAAAUCUCUUUAACCAACAGUCUUAUGCUCCACCUUAUUAUUCGUCCACAUUUUCAUCACAGCAGCACCAACAACAACAAGAACAGCAACAGCAACAGCAACAGCAACAAAAUUUGACGAGAUUUUCGCCACGGUUUGAUAGCUCUUCCAGUUCUGAUUAUCUAGAACACGGGAAGGACUCUAGUAACCCCAGCGAGUAGUAUAUCUUUGGGUUCCUGUAUUAAUUAAUUAAUUAAUUCAGCCCUAAGAUAGUAUUAUGGUAUCCAUAUUAUUAAUCAGUUAGGAUGAUAUGAUCAGUGAGCGUCUUUCCUAGCUAUGGGAUUCCAUAAACAAGAUCUUUUAAGUUUUUUUUUGAAGCUCAUUUAUUUUUCACCAUUUUUUUUUUUUUUUAAUGUAUGGGGAUGGCAGGAGUAGUUCAAUUAAGUCACCCCAAAGAUCUCUCUCCUCAACGAACUGUAGGAAAUUUUGGCU